CCAAUCGGAUUCUCGAAUCCCUCACGACGUCACGUGGGCUCCGCGUUGAAAUUGGCCGCGAGCUGAAGACUAUAGAGGAGCGCGAGGCGAGGAGGACAACAUCUCGGGAAAAAAAACAAGGACAAGAAAUUUACCUCCAAUAAACAUGUUGGAUUCGCUCACAUUACUCCUGAAAAAAGUACUCUUCCUCACUCACCUCAAUGUCUUCAAUCAGUUCAGGACCAGUCUGUUUUUUUCAGACACACAGAGAGAGAGGGAGAAGAAGAUAGUUACAAAUCACUGCGAGAAAGAAGAGGUCCCCGAUCCCUCCGCCUGCACCGCACUCACAGACUCCCUGUACCAGCGGGGAGACUUGUUAGAAGUUCCCCGGACUCUAUUCACUCAUUUCGGCAUCUAUUUAGGGGACAACCGGGUGGCACAUCUGAUUCCGGAUAUCUUGCCACUCUUUACGACGGACAAGCUUUCCGUUCAGGUGAUGGUAACUAACAAACGCUUAGUUCUUGGCGUUCUAUCCAAGAGCGCCAGCAUCCGGGUGGAUACCGUUGAGGACUUUGCCUACGGCGCGUCAAUUCUACUGAACGCUAUGGACACUACCGUGCAGAAACGACCGUUGGAUGGCGAAGAGAUCGCGAGGAGAGCGGAGGAAAUGGUUGGGAAGAUACCGUACAGUUUACUGUGGAAUAACUGUGAACAUUUCGUUACUUACUGCCGGUACGGCAGCGCAAUCAGCAUUCAGACAGACAAGUUCUGUGAUUGGCUGAAAUCUGUCAUCCGGGAUCAUAGGAGUGUUCCGCUGACGGCGUUCCUGGGAAUUCUGUCUAUUCUCAGUCUGGGAAUGUCUCCUUACACCAUGCUUCCCACCCUCCUCAUCCCCUUCACCCUCUGGAUGGCAGGCUGAUACCUGGGAAUUCUGUCUAUUCUCAGUCUGGGAAUGUCUCCUUACACCAUGCUUCCCACCCUCCUCAUCCCCUUCACCCUCUGGAUGGCAGGCUGAUACCUGGGAAUUCUGUCUAUUUUCAGUCUGGGAAUGUCUCCUUACACCAUGCUUCCCACCCUCCUCAUCCCCUUCACCCUCUGGAUGGCAGGCUGAUACCUGGGAAUUCUGUCUAUUCUCAGUCUGGGAAUGUCCCCUUACACCAUGCUUCCCACCCUCCUCAUCCCCUUCACCCUCUGGAUGGCAGGCUGAUACCUGGGAAUUCUGUCUAUCCUCAGUCUGGGAAU